UAACCCAGAAAGUGGCAGUGAAAUGCCGUGGUAUAAUAAUGUGGGGAACUAGUGGCUCGGGUCCAGUCCGCCGCAGUGUCUCGUGGAGAACGCACGUGCUUGUGUUGUGAAAGUGUAGUGCUAUUUACUGUUGAAAGCAAAACAAUGAACAGACAGUGCAAUUGAAAAACCGACCGUUUGUUUCACACUGUAUCCAAUAGUUAUCAAAAUGGAAGCCAAAAACAUCGCUGUAUUUGCUGUUGUAAUUAUUGUGUUUUCCUACUCCGAGGGUGCGAGGGAUGCGACUUGCCCGAGAAUCUGUGGACCAGCGUUACAGGGGGAGCCGGUGUGCGCUACUGAUGGCUACAUCUACCCAUCAUUAUGUGAGAUGAGGAAAAAGACCUGUGGAAAAGGAGUUCGUCUUGCACCAGAUCAAGGAUCAUGUUCCCGAGCACAAGGUUCCAAGUGCGACCAUCGCUGCACAUCAGAAAGAGAUCCCGUUUGUGGGACGAAUGGGAGAACAUAUUUAAACAGAUGCAUGUUACAAGUUGAAAUUUGCAGAGUUGGUAUUGGCCUCUCCCAUCUUGGAGCUUGCAACAACAUCAGCGCUCAUCGUGAAAACUGCCCCGUUGACUGUUCCCAAGCUCCUUUAGAUGGACCAAUCUGUGGCUCAGACGGCAAUGUCUACAAGAACACCUGUCAAAUGAAGCUGUUAACAUGUGGACAAGGCGUGGUAAGAACAAGCAAGAAACAUUGUCAAACAACUCGUCACUGCCGAGAGUCUUGCUGGAGAGUUGCUAGACCAACUUGCGGCUCUGAUGGCAAACUUUACGCCAACGCUUGCAGGAUGAAGGCAACUAACUGCGGUAAGCAUGUAUUCGAAGUACCGAUGGCGUUCUGCGUAUCCCAAGAGCGCACUUCAGGUGGUGAACCAUGUCCCACUGAGUGCUCCGACCAGAAAGAGAAGCUGGUGUGUGGAUCUGAUGAGAACAUCUACAGGAACGAGUGUGAAAUGAAGAUGCUGAAUUGCGGGGCAAACAACAGAAAAAUUGUCAAGAGAGUGGACAUGGAGAAAUGCAAGGGGAAAAUGAGCAAAUGUUUGAAGGUGAAAUGUCCGGCGGAAGUUGACCCUGUGUGUGGAACCGACGCGAAUGUGUACACAAACCCAUGCCUUCUGAAAGUCGCAACUUGUCUGAAAGGUGUGCAGUUGGCGCAUUUUGGUAACUGUACAUUACUGCCUCGCUUAGAAACGGAUUGUCCUGAUGAUUGUGACAAUGCACUGGAGGAACCAGUGUGCGGUUCAGAUGGAAAUGUUUACCGGUCUGAAUGCGAGCUCCGACGUCUCACAUGUGGGCAGCAUGUGGUAGCAGUGUCAGCAUCACAUUGCCGGACUACGGCGCUCUGCCACGAGGAGUGUCCUGACACACCAGCUUUCGUCUGCGGCUCCGACAAUCGCUUCUACAAGAACGAGUGUAUCAUGAAGAAGGAGAACUGUGGAAAACAUGUGUUUGUGGUGCCCCUCAAGAGAUGUCUCUCGCGGUUCCAGUACUCUGGGUGCGCUCGUGUCUGUCCCCCAGAAUAUGAUCCAGUUUGUGGCACUGAUGAUAAGACUUAUUCAAACAAAUGCUUCCUGGAAAUGGAGAAUUGUCGAUCGAGAAGUCUCGUCCAAAUGAGACAUCUUGGAACCUGCGCCGAACCAAUUGCUGAAGAACCGAAAAACUAUUUAUAUCGAUAAAUAUUGUUAGUAAUUAUUAGUGAUUUAAUCAAAUUAUAUUGAUAUUUCGCUGUUUCUAUUAGUGCCAAUUUAACAUUCAACUAAUGUGUCUUCCAAUCUAUGUAGAUUAUUUUAUAAGUACAAAAGUGGUUUCGCUUUUUAGGUGUUCAACGUUGCUAUGCAUAAAUUCAUCUAUCAUUGUUUUGUACUCUAGAAUGAUUCAUUUAUUUAUGAUCAACUAUUUAGCUCCGUAAAUGCCAGAGAUAAUGAAUGUAGUACAACUACAAUGCAGUUGCGAUGCAACUACAUGGCGUAUUUUCAGAGACUAUGAUUCGAAAAUUAAAUCUUUCGCAUAGGCAUCAUUCUUUUACGAUAUAGAUUAAUACUUUCACAGUUAAGUUUUAAAUUUGUAAUUUAAUUUAAAAAGUAAUGUAGCAUUGAUUUUUCAUACAUAAGAUAAGAUCUGAUAGAUUUUGUACGAAGAAUAGUAAAAUUUUUAACUAACCAGUUUUAUUUAAUUAUUUUCACAUCGAUAGUUAUAAAAAUCAAAUAGGCUGUGAAAAACAGCUCAGUUCUAAAAACGCGCCAUUUUCUGAAAGCGUGCUGAGAUAAACAUAUUAAUUAGUUCUCUUGUUUUUUACUAAGUAUUAGUCUCACAACUGUAUUUAAAAACACCGUGUAAUAUAAGUGUGUAUGGUUUAUUGAAAACCCGUCACAUAAAAAAAUCCUCGACUUCGACUUGGUAUUGUUAAUGACCGUUUACAAUAACCUAUUUUCCAUCCUAAUAUCACAAUGAUGCGAUUCUGUUUCGACUGGUAUAUUACCAGAGCGAAAGUGGAUUUAGCAUAGCAGUGUUGGUAUGCCUUAUUGCCUAAACACAUGGUAGGAUUUGGUAAGGCCGGACCAUCCGACGGUUCGGUGGGCGCCUCGCACCAUACGUAAUAAUAACAAGUUUUUGCAAUGGACAAUGCAAUAUAUCAUCGAUUAUGGUCCGGUACCAGACCGCGUUCGGUAGUUCGGCCGUACCAAAUACGAUCAUGUGUUAGGGCUGUUAGUAUACGAUAAUAUUUAACCAGUGAUAACUUAGACUUAUUUCCAUUUUUGAAACGAGAGGCUUAUCUUCUUGAGAUUUAUAUUAUGUUCGAAAAUAUGUUUCAAAAUAAUUGAAUAUCAUAAACUCAUAGUAGAAUUAGAGCAGUCCUAGUUUCCUCAAAUUAAGUACAUAUUUCUUUUGUCCUUUAAGACUAGUAAAGUUCGCGUUAUUACUAAGGUGAUUAAAAAGUCGUAAAAAAAUCAUAGAAAGAGACGUCUUGUCGCUACAAUUUGAAAUCAAAUGAAAAUUAUCACAUUUAUUCAACUGGGCCAAAAUUGACACUUUCAAAUGUAAAAAGUUGUACUUUUUGUCAAUUGCCACCACUUCGAAAUAGGUUGAGCUUUAAUGAGAAGAAGUAGCAAGAAACUCAUGCCCACUCUUCUAUAUCAAUGUUUAUAGAAUUAUCAGACAAAGGGAUAGGGCUAUCCUCCGGAAUAACGACAGGAGGGAAUGCAUAUGCAUACCAACGCAGCCUAUGUCUGCGUUGGUUAUGGGGGAUUCACGUAAAACCUAAGUGCCUACCCACUAAACACCACCUGAGGUUAGCUUUGGGCAAGUGCCCUCUAAGCCCCUUCAAGAAAAAAGCAUACUCCCACCUUAAAGGCCGGCAACGCAUUUCUUGACACACCUGUUGUUGCGGAUGUCCAUGGGCGGUUGCCUCACCUCUCCCCAUCCCGUGAGCCUCUUGUCCGUUUGCCCCCUCUCAUAUAAAAAAAAAAGCCUUCCUCUAAGGCGACCAUCCCUUAGGGAGAGAGGGGCGCAAGCGGCACUCCCUUGGGAGUAUUCGCUGUCAUAAUACAUUCUCUAUUAAUUCUGUGAGUUUAAGAUAUUCCGCGUGAAUAUUACAAGUAUGUUUCUAGGUGAUAUUUGUGCAUUCCAAUAUGUUUCUAUAUUAGUACGCCAUAUUAUUGAUUACUGAACACAAUGCUCAUAAUUACUGACCUCUGUAACAUAAUAUACGUUAGGAUAUCAUCUCCACCAUAUGUAUGUGUGGCGGUCCUCCACAAUGCGUUUUUCAAGGAGCCUUCUUCCACGUACUACAAAGCUGUGGAAUGAGCUUCCUUAUGCGGUGUUUCCAGGACGAUACGACAUGGGUACUCCUUCCUCUGGUGUUGCAAGAGAAUGUGGGGGGCGGUGAUCACUUAACACCAGGUGACCCGUAGUUAGCGAGUUAGUCAUACUUGACAAUAGCUCCUUAGAAUUUUGAAUAUUAGACCACUAGCUAAGGCAUCAAAAUUGGUAACACACUAUCGAGCUGUCAAAUCAUGUAUAUCUAUACUAGUAUAUUCUGGUUGUAUUACAAAUAAACUUGGCAUAAAGUUAAAACUAAGAAUUAACCAAGAAUAUGUGAAAUUUGUUAAUAUAUAUACAAUCGGGACACUGAAUUAAAUGUGUCCUGAUGUUUGUUCCCAAUGAACUCCUCAACUAAUGAACGGAUUUAAAUGGGGUGGUGGUGCAUGGUCAUGGAGUGCCUUUAGUCCAACUUGAGAGAUAGGAUAGUUUUAUUUCGCUGAGAUCACUAUCAAUACAAUGAUACUUCUGAAGUUUUUCGAAUGUUAGGCAUUUUGCAUAUUCUUGGUUUAUUCUCAGUUAUAACUUUAUGCCAAUAUUAUUUAGUCGUAGGUGUGUAAGGCUGUUACUUCCUACGGAACAACAAUUCCUGUCUGUAUAUUAUAUUUUAGAAGUCAGUAGCUACAGUAAAUUUAUAAGCAAAUGUAAUACAGUCUUCGUUCUUCAAUCUAAGAUAGUUUUAGAUUAUUUAUUUAUUACUUUUAUUUAUUGAAUUACUAAGUUGUAAAUAUUUCUUUUAGUAAUAAGUGUGUUCACACCAAUGUUAUUGCAUUUAUUAAAACGAUCUGUAAGGAAAAUUGUUAAAUUUAUAAUUUCGUAUUCCAUUUUACUAUUCUUGUUAAAUGCUUGGAUGUAGAAACGUCUUUUCGCAUUGAAAUGAAGCUAUUUUAGAAGGAAAAAGGAAGGAACUAAACUUAGCUUUAUGAUUUCAUUUCUCUUACCUUUUUCUUGAUAAAAAGGUUAUUUAUUUUUCUUUCCAUGUCACCAUCUUUAGUGAAUAGUUCUUAAUCAAAUAAUUAGAUAAUUAAUAUUUUUAAUUUUGCUUCACAAUAGUCGAAUUUUUCCGCUACAAAAUAGUUAUAUUUCAAAUAGACUAUAUCUUGUAAUAUUGUACUGAAUAAUUGAAAUAUAUUAUGAUUAUGAAAUAUAAA